GGAUCAGAUUAAAACUAGAGAUAUAGUAAAGGGAGAGAGAGAAUGAUGUCUGCUGCGGGAAAUGGACAAGUGACAGUUCCGCCAGGGUUCAGAUUCCACCCAACAGAUGAAGAGCUUCUCUACUAUUAUCUAAGGAAGAAGGUCUCCUAUGAAGCCAUCGACCUUGAUGUUAUUAGAGAGGUGGAUCUAAACAAACUCGAGCCUUGGGACCUUAAAGAGAAAUGUAGAAUUGGAUCAGGUCCUCAGAAUGAGUGGUAUUUCUUUAGCCACAAGGACAAGAAAUAUCCAACAGGAACUCGAACAAAUCGGGCAACUACAGCUGGUUUUUGGAAGGCAACAGGGAGAGACAAGGCCAUCCAUCACAGCAACACUAAAAGGAUUGGCAUGAGGAAAACCCUUGUCUUCUACACUGGCCGUGCUCCUCAUGGCCAAAAGACUGACUGGAUCAUGCAUGAGUAUCGCCUUGACGAUGACAAUUCCGAGAUUCAGGAAGACGGCUGGGUUGUCUGUAGGGUAUUCAAGAAGAAGAAUCAUAAUCGAGGUUACCAAUUACCAGAAGUAGCUGAAGAAGAACACUUGAGUAGUCAUAUGAAGGCAAGUGGUUCUGCACCACCACUACAGGAGCCAAAACAAAAUAAUAUACAAGCACUAUAUGAUUAUACGACCUUUGAUGGCUCCAUGCACCUCCCACAGUUGUUCAGUCCUGAGUCAGUAGUUGUUCCUCCAUCCUUCAUAUCACCAAUGUCUUUAAACACCACCGACAUUGAGUGUUCUCAAAACUUGUUGAGGCUAACAACUGCAGGCGGUUGUGGACUUAUGCAACAAGAGAGGUACAAUGGUGACUGGUCUUUCUUGGACAAGCUCCUUGCAUCACAUCAGACUCAGAUGGACCAUCAUCAUCAUCAUCAUCAUCAGCAUCAUCAGCAUCCCCAAACCAAAUGCCACCCUUCAUCUCUUCAACUUGCCGAUCAUGUGGGCACUUCAACUCAUCAUCAUCAGAAAUUCCCGUUUCAAUACCUUGGCUGUGAGACUGACAUUUUGAAAUUUUCCAAGUGAAUUGGUCCACAGUUUUCUAUCCUAAGCUGUACGUUCGAUGGACAUCUUUUUAUAUUA